GUCUCGCGACCGAAAGUUCCCGCCGUGCCCGUCGUCGCCCAUCGUUCCAAGUGGAACGUGUAUAAAUAACACGCGCAGGUUAACCAACAUCGAAAUACGUAAAGACCCUGCCGCGACGCGGCCAAUAUUAUAAAUCUUGUUUUUUUCCGAACGCAUUUGAUCCACACCCGUGUUUCCUUCCCGCAACUCGACGAUGCCGUCGCACGGUGCUUUCCGAACACUGUGUUCACGUUCUCUCGUGUUGUUUGUCACCUGACGUUCUCAAGGCAUCGCGUUCACGCCAGUGGCGGUGGUGGUGGGGAGCUGAUUAAGCGCAGCGAACACAAGGGAAGGAAGAGGAACUAGCAGUUCUCUGUUGUCGGCUCUGUUGUUCGUCGGAUUGUUGACCGCAGUCAUUGUUCCCAUAUUCCACGGCGAACUCGAUCCGUCACGGAAAAUUUGAAGGCCGCCGUUCUCCAACGAUUCGCCAGUGCCGUUCGCGGUCACUCUCGACGAUCGAUACCUCGCCGAUAUCUCACCUUCUCGCGACUCACGCUCUCUCUACCAACUAUGCGCACGUUUCGGCCGAUGUUUAUGGUCGUCGUUCACGUCGGCUGACAGCUGUCAAUCUCGCAUUCGGGUCGCCGCGAGUGAGUCACCGGAUCGGCAGUCGACGAUAGUCUCUUCAGACGAGUCCUGACACAAUAAGCCUAAAUAUCGAGGCGCUCAAAAACAAAAAAAAAAAAAAAAAAACCAAAAAAAAAAAAAAAAAAACCAAAAACAAAAAACAAACAAACACGCUCUCCGCACACACACGGGCACCCGCACGGGACGAGAUCAUCCCCACAGGUAUCGCACGUCACAACCUACUACCCUUUGUGUUCAGAUGUCCAGGUAUUUUUUCGAUAUCACCGGCAUGGCGUCCAGCUCCGUCAGCCAGGAGGAUUUCGACAACGACUUCGAGUUAACGUCCAGACGGUCCAGAAUCAGAACCGCCAGAGCCAGAGUUGGGCCACCGCGGACGGGGGAUGUGUCUUCCAUAAGCUUUCAAAAGAACACGCCUGACGUGGAGGAGUCGCAAGGCGCCUACGACGCAAGCUCCAAUUCCGUGCUUCCGCCCGAGCACGAGAAUCCGCAGAGCAAACCCAUAAUAAGGAAGCAGGACAAACGUGUGACCGGCCGUGUCUUUAGUGUCGUAUCCUGUUUGCACAGGCCAACGCACAUAAACAAGGGGAAGCAGCAACGCGAUCGGCGGAAACUCCGAGAAAAACGGCGUAGCACAGGAGUCGUGCAUUUACCGUCAACAGAGAGCACUGGUGGUAGUACGGGAGAGGAUGAGGAGGAGCUUAGCGGCACUUGCCUCGAAACUAAACACAACACGCAUCACAAUGAAUUUCUUGAUCAGGAAUUGUUAGAAGAACGGACGGCCCGAAUGUACACGCAAAGGCGAAACAAAAGUCACUCGGAUUUGGAGGCCGACGACGAGGAGUUCGAUUCUCUCAAUCAGUCCGACAGCAUCAAUCAAUCGGAUCACGGCAAUCACGAGCCCCAAACGUCCGUUACCACAACCGGUAGACCGAGAUUGCCAACGCCAACUGGUGACAAUCCGCACGAAUUGAUCGAACGAGCGCAAGAAGAGAACAGGAGGCUACUGUCUCUUCUCGAGGACCGAGACCACAAGAUAAUGGCGCUCGAGGCUCGCCUUCUGAAGCAGCAGCACGAGAUGGCCGUGGAGCGGGAACGGCUUCGCGAGGAGAACGCCACGUUAAUUCGCGCAAUGGCUGCAUUAGCCAGCAACUAAUCAUUUUUGUUUUCGUAUAUUGUAAAACAAAAAACAAUUUCACGCCUUCUCGGCUCCUCUUUGCUCUUUAUGAUAAUCUUCGGAGCUGCAGGAUGAGCCAUAAGUCGCGCAACACGCCACGAUUUUAUUUAUAAUACUUUUUAUUACGUGUAUUCUUUGCUGUUGUAAGCACGAACGAGUUUGUAGUAUCGUCGAAAUCCAAUUCAAACAAUUCUUCUCUCGCACCGUAUAAUAUCUCGUCAAUCGUUCGAUUGUAUAUCAGGGGAGUCGCAACAACUGCAGGGUGAACGACUGAAAAAAUUACGCACUGUGUUAAUUACUUUUUAACCAUUGUUAUAAGAGAUAUUGUGAUAUACAUAAUUUUGUUUUUUUUUUAUGUAGAAACUAAAAAAAAAAAAAAAAAAUCUGAUGCUGAUCUCUUUUGAGCGAAUUGAUAGAAUUGUUGUAAACUUUCUACAUUUGACAGUUUCGUCAACUUGAAAAGAAUAACACACCAAAAACGCGGAUGUCGGUGCACAUAAGAUAUUUUAAUUUUUUCUUAAUGUAAAUUUAUUUUUAAUUAAAAUUUAAAUUUUUUUCUCGAUUAAUUUGCGAAAUUACUUUACGCGCGCGCGCGCGCGAGAGAGAGUUUGCAUCUGGUAAAUGUAAUAAAUUCGUAAAUAUUUGUCAUGUAGAGCGAAAGUUUUUAGAACUAAACUCGCGCGUAUCCGCUUUUUCUAACUCAAUGGGAUGCAAACGAUUCAAGGAUGAUUUUGUUUUUUCUCUGUCAAGAGAAUCCUUUUUUGGAAAAAGUGGUUCUUUUUUUUUUUUUUUUUUUUUUUUUUUUUUGAGACGCGUGUCUGUCUUUCGAUUCUUCAGUUUUCUCAAAGAGAUGUGAAACAGAUGAUACAUACGAAAACUUUUGUAUGUACAACUUUUUUUACACUAGUUGUACAGAGUAAAAAAAAAAAAAACAAACUGAAGAGAUCGUACAUCACACAUUUUGAUAUUUUUACUUCGCGUAAAGUUGUAUGUAUGUAUAAUGAGAAAGGCUGAUGAAAAACUUAAUUAGAAUAUAUAUACGCGAAGAGCGAGUCGCGCACGGAGCUUGCAAUUCGCUUGAAAGUUAAAGAAAUUUAAAUAAAUAGAUAUUAGAGGUAUUUAGUUUUUAUCUCACACACAUACACACACAGACACACACACCAAGGAGGAGAGAGUGUAUUAUUCUCUUUGCACACAUUGCGCAUUAUCUUCGCGGUAGUGAUAAAAAUUUUCCACAUCUUUCCGAUCUGAUGCAUGAUUUAUGGAUCAUCCGGAGGCAAUAAAAAAGAAAAAUAUUACUUUAUAGAUAAAGUUACAACUCUAGCGCGUGUUGCAGAUUGAGUCAUUAAAUCAAUAUAAAAAUAGACGAUUCUAUACACUCACACACAGUGCCCCGCUGCGGAAAGUAUAUAUAUAUAAAUAAAUAUACGUUUUUUGAGCAAGAGCCGCAAUGCGAGUUGCAUUUUGUAAAGAAAAAAAAAA